UUCAUUUCCUCUUCACCUUAAAACAAGCACAGCCACCAAAAGCGAGCACACCCACACCCUGUAAUUUCCGUUGUAGAAUGACAAGCAACCAUUCUAAAAUUAGCAAAAACAUCGCAAGGAUAAAUACCCUGCUCAUGCCAAUCAUCUGAUAAUAGUAACAACAUUUUAACAUCAUACCUACGCACCAAUGGCGCCCUUGUCCGUGAUCACCUUCGCAGCCACCUUGUUCCUUAUGGCCGCUUCGGCCGUGGCCGUGCCGCCGGCCACCCUCCAGGAGACAUGCAAGAGCGCCGGCGAGCAGGAGGCGUUGUGCAUGCAGCUACUUUCGUCGAACCCGGCGGCCCAGAAGACGCCGGUGGACACGCGCGAGCUGGCCCACGCGGCCGUGAUGGCGGCGGGGUUGAAAGCGACGAAUACGGCGGCGCACCUCAAACAACUCUUCGACUCCGAAGACAUCAAGAAGAUGAGCCCGGAGCUCCAGCGCUGCGUCGAGGACUGCACCGAGAGGUACGAGUCGGCCGCGAAGUUCCUGGACCAAGCAUCGGGGAAGUUGUCCGCGGGCUCGAUCGAGGAGGCGAGCGUGCUGAUCGACGGCGCGCAGUCGGUGGUGAAGCUGUGCCAGCGGUCGUGCCAGGGGGUGCCGCAGGGGGAGCUCACGGUGUGCACCAAAGGCGUCGACCAACUCUGCACCAUUGCCGCAUCAGUCACUCGGUUGGUCCUACAGAAGUAAUUAACAUCUGGGUUGUGCGAUUUAUGCAUCUACUUCGAGAAUCGACAUCGUUCAGCUGGUCAGUUAUUUGAUACUAGCGGCCAGCAGCGGUGCUCCCAGUGAGGGACCAGUGACCUCACCUUUGUUUGCGAUCCUUCCAUGUAUAUAUAGCAUUGCCUGAAAAGAAAUGUAUAUAUAGCAGACAAACUAGUAGUACUAGCUAGCUUAUAUUUUUUGACAAAUAAAAUAAAUUAAUAUCAUGAACACUAGCUAGCUUAUAUAUGGAAACUCGAGGUCUGCCUGGCCACACUCGAGCCGGGCUAAGACGACAAAUUUUGUAAUUAUUUUUAGAGAAAUGCAACACUUAGAUAUCCCAAUACUGUGUGUAAAUGAGAUUUCUUGGACAAAAAUGU